UGUGUCUUUACCAUUCGCGGCCCACAGGUGCUAUUCCGGGAAAAGCCGAAUAGCGCUUCUUGCAGGUUACGGAAAGGGGCGAAUGAUAACAAAUGGUCCGUGAAAGUUCAUUCGCGUUGUUUCGGUGAGUCCAAGCGCACCAACUGUCAAUUUCGAGACUGCUCGUCACAACACACAGAAAAUCAAUCUUUUAGUUCAUCCCACAGAAGACUGAACUUUCAAAAUGGGUAUUGGAGGCUUAUGGACCUACUGCAAAGACAACCUUCCUUCUUGUGGACAGAGAGUUGACUUGGUCCAAGUUGCCAAGCAUCGUGGUGGAAUUAUUCUCCUGGUGGAUUACUACUCCUUUGAGUUCCUCGUCAUUGAGAAACUUUGGUCCAUCAUGAAUAGAACUACGGAUAACCCGUACCUCAAAUAUUCCGGGGGAGAGUACCACACACUUAACGACUAUGUCACAAAGUUCACACAGGAUUUGAAGAGUCUUGGCAUAGAACUGGAAUUCGUUGUGGAUGGUGCUCAAGGAACCUCACCGGAAGUACUUGAUACAAAAACUCCAGUUUGGAAAAGACGGUAUGCUCAGUAUUUGAAGGACCAAAGACACAUCAUCAGUAUGUUAAAUGGGGAGAUAGAGGUGCAUAACCUGAGGUGUUCACUACAGCCUGUUCUGCUGACCAUGCAGCUCCUGGCUACACUGAAAGCUUGUGGAUGUACAGUUCACUGUGUCUCAGAAGAAGCUGAUCGUUUCAUUGCCUUAAAGCUGCAGACUGACCCGAGAGCAUUUGCAGUUUUGAGUAACGACACUGACUUUUGUGUGUUCGAAGGAGGAGCAAUGAUCUACAGUCAGAUGUUUGAUAUGUGUAAGAACAUCAAACUUAUGCCUAGAACAUUGCUGCCGAUGAAACCGAGCAAACUGAUGUGCCAGGUUGUUUCGGCAGAAAAAUUUCAGAACCACCAACAAAUGAUUGAAUUCAGCAUUAUGGCAGGGAAUGACACCACAAAACCGUUUAAGAAGAAGCUCAACCGUCUCCUUGAUGGACCACAGUCAAUUCAGAAUGUUGCCAGAUGGGUCAAAUUCUACGAAUGUGUGGAAAACCAUCCAAAAUAUAUACAGAUUCAGGCAGAGUGUCCAAGUCUGCAAGUAGCUGUAGAAACCAGCAGGGCAUUCUUCACGUUGGCAGAUGUAGCAUCAGGGGAACCAAGCCACUCCAUAGCAGCCUUACUUAGCAGAGGCAUGAGGCAAGGAACCUUCCAUUCAUCACUGCUUGCCAUGCACAACGGCGUUUACUGGGCGACGGUGAACAUAGAGCAGCCUUCGUUGUGUGGCAAGACGGCCGAGGCAGCCCUCACUGAGCUCCGGAAGAGGAUAUACAGGAUGGUGCUUCCUGAAGAUGUCGUCACCGUCACCGAGUAUGGCAUUGACCAAACAAGCCAGCAUUUUACACCCAUACGAGUAAAAUAUGUUUUGAGGUUCCUCUUGUUCUUAACUAUGAACCCGCUUGAUGCCAUUUCUCUUCUUAAACGUACGUGUCUGUUGCGGGAGAUCGUCCACGAUGACCUAGUCCCUGGUAGUGAUCAUUUAUAUUUUCAGGUUGACGUUGACCAGUACAGAUCUGUUCCAUCCAUUCUGAGCAUUUGCCCAGAAGAAGUGCAGGGGAACCUUCAACACUUUGAGCGAAUUAUCACCCAUCAAGAAGAUGGGUCCACCAAGUCCUGGUUUGAGCGCUAUGGAAGGAGAACAGGCUUUCUGUGCCACAUCCUGCGUUACUUCCUGCUGCUCAACAGGAAGCACAAUUUGCUCAUCACUGAAGAUGAGUUCUGUGCACUGUUCGCCGUGGUGUUUGGCUCCAGCGACGAGAGAUGGCACCAGGGACUUCGCUUAAAGCCUUCCCCGCGAUGUGCAACCAUAAGCACCUGGUUCCAGAAUGUCUACCUCUACGCCCACAGACUCCUCGGAGGGAUCUUGUAUCUGUCUGCCGAGUUCCCUACACCAGCAGACAUCUUCUCCGGUGCUGUAUGGAAUUCAUUUUAUGCUUGUCGCAACUGCGAAGAAAUGCCGCCAUCAGCUGUCAGUCGUUGUAAGAAUGACAUGGACCAGACAGCGUCUUUCAGGGAGAACAGGGUCAUCCUGAAGGAAAUAGUUGAUGAUCUCUUCGGCUAGAACGGAGGGAGACCAAACCGUGUUGUUCUAUGUUACCGGAAGGUCUACCUCUUUCUUUCAAUGCGAGUUUUCAAAAGCACUGGGCAUCACCGAGAAGAGUUGCGUUCAUAUCAGACUAGAUUUAUCUUGAGUUCGAAUCCCGGAUUUGUUCUAUUUAUGAUUCUUGGUUUAUCAGCACCAUACCGGUACCCGUCUUCGUUUUGUCUAAAGUGGUCAAAGGUCAACACCUUUUUCUCCCUCACAUGAAGUUUACAAGCUGAAAUGUAUCUGGAAUAUAAUGCAAUGCAAAGCUAAAUCACUGAAAGAAACAUUGAACAUG